CCAGCGGAUCGCUGUAAAGAAGUACAACAGAUCCGAGAGCAGCACCCAAACAAAAUCCCGGUCAUCAUCGAACGCUAUAAAGGGGAGAAGCAGCUGCCAGUGCUGGACAAGACCAAGUUCCUUGUCCCAGACCAUGUCAACAUGAGUGAACUGGUCAAAAUAAUCCGGCGUCGCUUGCAGCUGAAUCCCACCCAGGCUUUCUUCCUGCUGGUGAACCAGCACAGCAUGGUGAGUGUGUCUACCCCCAUCUCAGAGAUCUACGAGCAGGAGAAGGACGAGGAUGGCUUCCUCUACAUGGUCUACGCUUCCCAGGAGACCUUUGGCUACUGAGACCUGCUGAGAGGUGGCCUGUGGAGACGGACGGACUGUGGCGCACAGGCCCCCGCCUUGCAAGACAGCACACGAGGGGCUCAGCAGAGGGGGACUGUGCUGACUCCCUUUCCUUCCUUCCCCUUCCCAUCACCCUGUCACCAAAGAGGCUCGUGGCGUGUGUUGGACUCACACAACCCUUCACCUCUGUGUAGAUUAGUCCUGCUCCCUCCACACACGUGCAUGCACGUGCGCACACGUGGGGCCUCAGCUUCCCAUCCCCUCCCCUUCAUGUAACCGCCAGCUGCUCUCACUGUGCUGUGCGUGGGCGUGUGCGUGUUUGUAGCCUGCUGCCAAAACAGUUCGGCCGAUGAUGGAGAGGACAGGACGCUGUCGCCUUCACUUUUCAGCACAGGGAGAGCCGCCUCUCCUGCGAGACACUAAUAAAGGGCAGGAGGUCUGCAAAAGCAGCGAACAGAUGUUAGCAUUGCUCCCGAGUUUUAAUUGA